GACAUCUACAACGAAGAUCAGGUCUGUGCACUCUACUCAGAACUCUUGCUGAUGGCUUACAUUGGCUCACACAUCAACAUUGUCAAUCUCGUUGGAGCGGUCACCAAAAGAAUUUUUUACGUGGUGAUGGAAUAUUGUUGCAACGGUUGUUUGAGAAACUACCUAAUCGAGAAUAAAAAAAAUUACGAUCGGUUGAAAUCAAACAAAAGGAAACAAAAUAGAAAACAAUACUCCAGAAACUUUGAAGAUGAUGAAGAGGAGUGCAAUGACAGCUCAUGUAAGAAGUUACUUGAUUAUAAUUCAGUGGCUCUAGAGGACCUCAUUUCAUAUGCCUAUCAAAUUGCAAGGGGCAUGGAUUAUCUGGCCUCUAUGAAAAUGAUCCACAGAGAUCUGGCAGCCAGAAACGUUUUACUCGCUGAAGACAAUGUGGCUAAAAUUUGUGAUUUUGGAAUGGCGAAGGAUUGCUACAAAUACGACGUCUACACAAAACAAUCACAGGCAAUGGUCCCCGUAAAAUGGCUGGCAAUUGAAUCUCUCACACACAAGAUCUACUCAACAAAAUCUGACGUUUGGUCAUUCGGAGUUCUGAUGUGGGAGCUCUUUACAUUUGGAGCGGAUCCGUAUCAUGGCGUGCAGAUGAACGAUCGAUUCGUUGAGAGGCUGAGGAAUGGCAUGAGGCUGAACCAGCCAGAUACCUGUCCAGAUGAAAUAUACGAAUUGAUGAAAACUUGUUGGAAUGACGAUCCUGCUGGUCGACCGAACUUUGCAAACCUCGUCAAGUCCUUCGAAGAUUUACUUCAA